AGGACUCCAUUCUCAUUCUCGUUACAACAUCAAGUGCUAUUGUUACCAUGUCAUCAGUUCACGUUGAGUUUGUGUUCCCUUUUCGCGAAAAAGGAUAGGUUUUGCUCAGCACGACACUUAUAUAUAAUUUCUCCGAUUUAAUAAUAUUCAAGAACUUUAACUUUAUCAAGAAGUUCGUCGUUCUUCGUGUACCAUGUUGGGCACCAAAGGCAUCAAGGAGAAGAAGCGCCACAAGGAGCAGCGCGCGGAGGGUUCCGCCAGCUCCCCCCGCGCGGAGGGAUCCUCCGGCGGCGGACCACCCCGGGGCGAGGGGUCUUCCGGUCCCUUAUCACAGGAAAAAAGUGUUACAAUUACACACUUGUUGGAGUGUCUGCAUCACAGACAAAGUUGCUCAACAUGGUAAAGAAAUAAACCUGUGAUGCGCAGACUACAAGGGAAAACACGUAUGAACUGUCGUUGGCAAGCAUUUUCUGCAUGACAGAGGUUGUCUGUCUUGCUUGUCUCACAGCAGAGUGUGUCACUGUAACAGUUUUUUCUCACGAUAUCCCUACGCGCAGCACUAUGCCGGGAUCAACCGCAUUGGCAUUGACGUCACGGGCACGAAAUUUCCCAAACACGACACCUCACACGACAAUGCGGGGACAUCCGUUGGGUACGGAACCAGAAAAAUGAACGACGACCGCUAUAUGGAGUAUCACGGACUCGCGAGUCCGGGCAGCCCAAUGUCGGGGAAAAAGAUGUCCGAACGGCAGAAAGUGCAGCGGCAGAAGCUGGACAUGGGCUCGUGCCUCCUCUUCGACGACGGCAAGGCGCUCAAACGAUUGGAGAAGAUUCUCGGGCGGGGGCAUAUCGUAUUUAAAAGCGUCCCCACCCCAGCUUUGUCAUGCAGAUUUGCACUCACAGGAAGAUUUGUAAUGCGCAUCCCCAUGAGAGGCAUUUCCUAUCGUGUUUUGGACUCUGAAAUGCUAUAAGGAGGAUGAGUAGAUGGCUUUGUGAUGCGGCUGCACUUGCUAAACUGCACUACAAUACAGAGCGGAACUUGUCAUGCGUGACUCCCAAAACUUCUCGACUUGUGUUGCGAGAUCCCCGUCUUGACUCUGGUAUGGGGAUGUUUUUACAAAUGAUAGGGCAGGACGGGGCGUUACUAGCGCCGGAGAAGGUGCUGAAACACUCGGACUGGCGAAAGAACUACAUGCUGCGGCUGGACAAGGCCACGGCAAACGCGCCGAAUCCAAAAACCACGAAGCAACAGCAAAGCCGGAUGGAGUUCGUCGAGGGCCACCCGGUGGUGGUGUACGGGGAACAUGCCGGCUUUGCGUCCGCGAGGUACAAGCUAAAGCCCGCUUCUGGUGCGGUGGUCCAAAGCAUCGCCGGCACCAUUGACGACAAAGAUCAGAAGUUUGGAGGGGAAAAUUUGCGGCAGUCACAGGUUCAUAGAGCUUUGAUGCCUCUGGUUAGGAUGCUCAUAAGAUUCCGUUAAUGUAUUUUUUUCCGGCGUGCGCCCUGCAUUAGCAUUGUAUUAUAGAAAGUUGCUCUUGUUUGAUUGAGAUGAAUUUAUUUCACUACUUACUGAAACCGUAUCCAAAACCAAACCAACCACAGGUUACGCCCGAUCCGUGUCUCGACGGGGUAGAGAUUAAGCGGCGGAUAGGGGUUCUGAACAAAACCACGGGCGUGUAUACGCAGGGCGGGAUACAUAUCAAAUGUAAAAAUGUCUGGGUCUGGAAGAAUGCGACUUGUGAUGCUGCAUUUGGAUUCCAAAAAAAUCUGUAUUGCAUGAGUACCACAGGGAAUGUAAUUUUUGCUACGCGGAGAGGGCAUUUGUCAUGCGGAAUAGGCAUCAAGAAGCUCUCAAAAAAUCUGUGAUGCUAGAUGCGUCACAGACAUCAGGGCUCAUGCAAAACGUGCAUGACAAGUGUCAGAAUCUUCCAGACCCAGACAUUUUUACACUUGAUAAUACAAAAAGGCCAAGUUUACAUUCGACAAGAAGACGGUAAGUGGGUCAAAGGCGACCUGCCGCCCAAUGCUGGCGACCCGAGUCCGCCGGCGCACAUCGGCCAGGGAGUCCCGCAGGACGACGACGCUGCUGCGCCCGAAGACGUCAGAAAUUCCGCCGCCAACGCUUCCGCGAAUGCUUCUAUGAACAACGCGCCGCAGUCGAGCGGCGGUGCGAAUAACUCUUCCGGCGCGGCUCCUGCCAUGUCGAGCUACAAAGCCCCGGACACAGAGCCGGACCCGCCGCGCGCACCGACCCCAGAGCCGGAACCUCCGCGCGCGCCGACCCCAGAGCCGGAACCUGCUAAGCGGUAUGCAUUGCAAAUAUCGAUCUGGGUCUGGAAGGAUGCAACUUGUGAUGCUUGAUUUGCAUUCUACAAUAAAUCUGUAUUGCUUGAAUGGCAAAAGAGGUCCAGUUUUUGCCAUAAGCGAGAGGGCAUUUCUUUUCCGGUAAAAGCAUCAGGAAGCCCUGCUCAUAAAAUCUGUGAUCCUAACGCACGCAUCGCAGACAGCAGGAGUCAUGCAAAAUGUGCACGACAACGACAAGCCUUGCAUCCUACCAGAUCCAAAGAUAUUUGCAAUGGAUAGGCUGCAGAGUACCAUUCCUCCGCCGGAGUCGAGUCAGUCCAAUGCGAGUCCUCCGCCAAGAUCAAGUCCGCCGGCGGUGCCGAAAUAUGCAAUGCAAAUACGUCUGGAUCUUCUGGAAGGAUGCAAGGUUUGUCAUGCUUGUCUGGCGUGACUGAGGAGUUUGUGAUGCGUGUGCAACAAGAAGAGACGCUUUUGCGUGUCAUGCCAAAACGCAGUCUGUCAUGCGGAAAGCGCCACACGAAGCCGCGCAAAUACUUAUUUCUCAUGCUUGGCUGUGCAUGACGGAGCACUCACUAUUCACAACCCAGCAUUACAAGUUUCCAGACUCUCCAGACAUAUUUGCAAUCCAUACAACAUCCGACCCUCCAAAAUCCGACCCGCCGAAAUCCGACCCGCCGAAAUCCGAACCGCCAAAGUCCGAUAUCCUGAGUAAAAAUGUCCCCACCCCAGAGUUGUCAUGCAGAUUUGCGAUUACAGGAAGAUUUGUGAUGCGCAUCUCCUUGAGAGGCGUUUCCAAUCGUGUUUUGGAAUUUGUAAUGCUGUAAGCAGGAUAAGGAGAUGGAUUUGUGAUGCGGUUGUCGUUGCUAACAUGCACUACGCUACGGACUGCAACUUGUCAUGCGUGGUUCCCAAAACUUCUGCGCUUGUGUUGCUAAGUUCCCAUCUUGACUCUGGUGAUGUGGGGACGUUUUUACAUAUGAUAUCCGAUCCGCCAAAAUCAGAAGAGCCAGAGUCUGCGGAAUCGGAAGCGCCCAAGUCCAGUGCCUCGUCAGCACCCGGGUCUGGAGAACCGUCCUCCGCAGCGAAUGCGUCCGCGGCCAAUGCGUCCGCAAAUGCCCCGGGAAGUUCAUACAAUUUGUCGGGGAAAAAAUCCAGCAGUGCCGAUAUGGAAUGGAAAUUGAUAGAUUAUUUGCCGCUCGCUGCACGGUAGUUGUCAAAAGAUAGUAUGGCAUCUUUUUUGAACGAUCUCGGCAAGGAAUCAUAAUUUUCAAGUUUACAUUUAUUUCAAAACCUAACAGCAAGCCGAAAUGUUGACUGGUAAGAGCACCGAUUCUUCAUAGACUGAAGUUGUUGAUGUGACACUAAUGACGCACAACUUUUGACGUCGUGCGCAACCGGCAAGAAUAAAUUUUCCUUCGCAUAUCCGACGACCCGAACUCGCAAGAAAACAUACCGUCUAUCACGAGGAAAAAUCCCCCCUCCCCAUAUCAAAACGGAAUUUCUGAUGCUGGAUUUGCGUAUACAAAUCAGGUUUGUCUUGCAGUAGAGGACAGCAGGCUCCUGCCAAGCCUGAGUAGAGAGCUUUUGGCCUAGGCACUUAGCAUGAGAAACGUCUAUGCUGUAGGCCCAACAGCAUCACAAACCGCCUGCAUAAUGCGGCAGAGCCUGUGGAGUUGUCUUCUUGCAAGACAGACGUGAUUUGUGGUCUCAAAUCAGCAAGACAAAUUUUCGGAAGCAUACCUUUUCGAUAUGGGUAGGGGGGAUUUUUCCUCUCAAUACCGUCGUCCACUUCUUCGGGCCCCAUGAACCCGGACCCGCGGUUGUUGCGGGAUAGUAACUAUCAAAUGCAAAUAUGUCUGGGCCUGGAAGAAUGCAGGAGUUUGUCAUGCAGAUUUUGCAUGAUCCUCCAUGAGGUCUGUGAUGCAUGCCCUCACAUCAGAGAUUCUGCGAGGACUUUCUAAUGCUCAAGCCGCAUGAGAAAUGCCCUCCACGCGUAGCACAAAUUGCACCUCUUUUGCUGAUGUUCAUGCAAUACAGAUUUUGUGUAGAAUCCAAAGGUAGCAUGACAAGUUGCCAUCUUCCAGACAUCCAGGGAUAUUUGCAAUGCAUAGUAACCUAAUACCGGAUCCGAAAAAGGAGGAGGAGGAGGAAAAACCCCCGGAAUCAGCGCUGAGUAGUCAAUAUGGAUUGUAAAAAUGUCUGGGUCCUCUGGAAGAAUGGAAGGUCUGUCAUGCUCUGCCAGCAUGACCCCAACGUCUGUCAUGCACGUUACCCAAGAGCUGCCCCGUUUUUUUUGUUAUGCAGAAACGCAGUUUGUCAUGCAGAAAAAUAGGCAACACCUCAAUGCUCAGAAACUUGCCAUGCUGAGCCAGCACUUGUGGCCGCCUCAUGAUACGCCAACCAGCAUCACAAGUUUCCAGACCCAGACAUUUUUACAGUUGAUAGUCAAGGAACCGGGAGUUACAUGGGCGCAGCUGACGAUAGCGAUGACGAUGAUGAUGAUAUGACAAGAACAUUUCUGGAAAAAACUUCUUCUUCUACGCGACCUUCUGACUUCAUUUUAUUACAUUGUCCUGGCGAACAAAAUUGGUCGUGAUGCCAUCAUGAAGUGCAUCAAAGAGAAAGAACAAAGCGAGAUCCGAUUUUCGUUUGUUUUGUCAUGAUGAUGUUGCGCCAUGCAGCUGAGCUGGAGCCCGAAUCCGAAAACAGUGUAGUUUUUGCAUGAACUCAUAACCCGGCAAAAAUCGCAAUUAGAUAUGAUCAUGCUGCUGAACGAAGAAGCAGGAUGCUGUAUGAUUCAAGAAGUUUGAAUUUCCUCCGGUGAUACCCAACGACGCCCCGAACUCCUCCGCAAAUAAGUCUAGCAGUUAUCCAAGGAGAAAAACUGUGUAUAGUGUAAAUUUGUGUUGCAGAAAAUGCAAAACUGUUACACUUGUCGUGCUGGACAUGCAGAUGCACCAUCAGAGGCAAUUUUGGUGCGUGUUUUCACGUAGUAGCUACGCAUGACAGGUUUUCAGUGUCAUGCAGAGCAAACCUGUGAUGCUAUUUCUCCAAGAAACUUACACUUCCGCAGUUUUUUUCCUGGAUAGCAGUGGCAAUAAAAAUAACUCUGGAUCACAAGGUAUCCUGAGUAAAAACGUACCCACACCAGAGUCAAGAUGGAAAAUCUGCUAGACAAAUCGGCCAACUUUGCUUGUUUCGCAUGACAACUUUGGACGCGUAGUGUAGUGCUGCUUGAGCUAGUUUAGCAGCAUUACAGAUCUAGUCUCUCAUGCUGAUUGGAGCAUGACAAAUUUCCAAACGCCAUUAGAAAAUGCUUCUCAUGGGGCUCCGCAUGACAAACAUUUUAAGCAUGCAGAUUUGCAUAACAACUAUGGUGUGGGGACGUUUUUACACAGGAUACAAGGAGCGCCAGUCCCUUCGGGAGCCAAUGACAGCGGCGGUCAACACAAGGCGUCGAAGCAUUCGUAUCAACAGGAAAAAUCCCCCCUCCCCAUAUCAAAACGAAGUUUCUGAUGCAGGAUUUGCGUACACAAAUAAGAUCUGUCUUGCUAGAGAGGAAUGCAGCCCCAUACUAAGCCUAAGUAGAGAGGCUCUGGCCUAGGCGUCUAGCAUGAGAAACGUCCAUACUGUAGGCCCAUCAGCAUCACAAACCGCCUGCGCAAUGCUGCGUAGCUUGUCGGAUUGCCUUCUUGCAAGACAGACGUGAUUUGAGGUCGCAAAUCAGCAACACAAAUUUCCGGAAGCAUACCUUAUCGAUAUGGGGAGGGGGGAUUUUUCCUCUUAAUAAUUCGGGCUCUUUAUCCGGGGCGGCUCAGUUACGGGAGUGUCAGGAUCGAAGUCGUCAAAGUUGAAAUAGUUUGCCAUGCAUAAAAUGCAACGCAAAAAGUGCUUCUAAUGCAGAGGACGCAAGGGAGGCAGAUUGUAGUGCUGGUAAGGGUCGAGAAUGGGGCUGCUGAUUAGCAUCACAGAGGGGAGUCCCCUUGCCCUAAACAGCAUAACAAACUGGCUUCCGGUACGGACAAAAUUUGUCAUGCACCGACUAGAAACUGUGGGUCCAAUUGGUAUCGAUUUUAUGCAUGACAAAUCAUUUCAACUUUGACGAUUUCAAUCCUGACACUCCCAUAUCAGUCGCAGUCCGGUUUCAGCAACCAGUCGGGGGCAGGAAACUCCAGCGGGAACCAGGCUUCCGGGGCGAAUUCUAGUGGAAAGAAGUAUCCAAUUUGCAUUUUUUCGUGGUGAGAUUCAAGUCGAGGCCAAUGUGGAUGUAUUGAAAUCAGUAAAACAUACAAGCGACAUGCUGGAUGAACAAGAAGGCUGUUGGUGUUGUAGCUAUCUGUAGUAGAAGAUUUGUCGCGAUCUAUUUUUGCUACUCAGUAGCAGCCUCGUAGUCAAUCGUUGCGUAGCACCGCAAGUGUAUGUGAAGUCUGUUUCCUGCAAACAGGCGCUUUUCCUGAAGUUUUCUGUUCGUAUACAAAAAUAUAAAAUAGAAAUUGACGAAGAUAAAAAAUACCACUGGUCUGACUUGCGCUAAGAAAUCUUUCCCACCCCAUAAUCCAAGCGCGGACAAUGAUGACGACGACGACGACGACGGCGAUGAUGACGACGAGGAGGAGGGUAGCGGGGACCCAAAUGCUUCCGCAAAUAAAUCUGCGAACGCAAGUGGGAACCAAAAGAGUGGCAGUGGGGGUGGCGAUGAUGACGACGAUGAAGAUGACGAGGGCAGUGGUGGAGGGGAUGAUGACGGUAGCGAUGGUGGGGAUGAUGAUGAUGACGACGAGGAUUGAGAGGGAAAAAAACCACUUGCCAAAUAUGAAUAUUCUGUUUUUCGUUCUUUUCAAACUGGUAUAAGCAUUUUUGUUUAGUGUUUUCCAAGCUUCUAUCAUUUGACUUGAUUUAUUUUUCAAAACAUAUUCUGGUACUACGAUAAUGCAAUGCGCUUUUUUUCUGCAUCUGGUAGAAGUAUAGCAGGCCAUGGCAGUUUAUUAGUCUCGCAGGGAAAAAUCUCGUCUGAGGUAAGCCAGUAGCAGUUUCGAACCCGGGUGAGGGCUAGGAUUCUGCGCAACUGCUGGCAUACUUUGAAUGAGUUGCGAGCGCAGCAGGUUGAGCCUGCUAAGUGAUUCUGAUUGCUUUAUGAUUACACCCACGCUGGUACUCACACUGUAGUUGUGUGGAUCCUAACAUGACCGAAACUUCGCCUGUCGGCAAUUAUCGUUACUUUUAGCUGUUGAU